AUGCCACUCUUCGAAAGGGCUCAUGAUUUUGUCAUCAACAACGGUACCUUCAACGACUUUUCGUCGUCCAAUGGCUUAGAACCGCUCGCCUACCUUGAACAAUACGCAGCGCCUGGAGCGACCCACGACUCUGCGGAGAGAUACCCUGCUCCAAAAUGCCAUGAAUCAACUAGGGUGCGCAUCCUGGAGAUCCUCAAGGCCUGGGUCGAGCAGACUAGAGAAGAGAGGGAAAAGCGCUCAUUCUGGCUCCAUGCGCCCGUCGCGAUGGGGAAGACGACUAUCGCCCAAACGCUGGCAGAAGAGUGCGAGGCGAUGGGAAACUUGGCCGCAUCGUUCUUCUUUUCGAGAUUGGAUUCCAAGAGAGACAGAGCGCAGCGCUUCGUUGCAUCUUUGGUGCUUCAACUCGCCCUGUCGAUCCCCCAGCUCAAACCCCAUGUGGAGGCCGCCGUGAGGCAAAAUCCUACCAUCCUCACCAAAGUCCUUCCAAUCCAACUGCAGAAGCUCAUCAUCCAGCCAUUCCGAAGGAUCCCACCUCUAGAGGAAGACAAGACCGUCCUCGUCGAUGCAUUGGAUGAGUGCGAAGGUGCAGACCCUUCCGAAGAUAAAGAGAGGGAGCAACGGUUGAUCCUUGAGCUCAUCCAAAUGCUCCAAGAGGCCGAUCUCCCCCUUAACAUCGCCAUCUUCUCCCGCCCCGAGUCAUGGAUCGAAGAAGCAUUCGAUGAACUUGAAACGCUCGACGAGAAUACCGAACGCUACGACCUCUUCAAAGAAGCUGAUUUAGAGGAGUACGCCGACAUCACGCGGUACCUCCGCUAUCGCUUCCAACGGAUCCGGAGCGCCAAGACGCAUCGUCAUGCUAUGUCCAAGGUCCAAGGUCCCUGGCCACCCGAGGACGAAAUCUAUGACCUUGUAAAUCACUCCUCUGGCCAAUUCGGAUACGUCGCCACAGUCAUCCGGUUCAUUGAUGACCCGUACGGUAGUCCCCCGGAGCGCCUGAAGCUCAUCCUGCAAGGUUCCUCCGAGUCUCAUAAAGCUUUGAAUCCAAUGCAGAAGCUCGAUGACCUGUAUCGCUGUAUUCUGGAGUCAUGUCCAAACCGCGAGGAGAUGAUGCAAGCGUUGGGCUGGAUGGUCGCUAUGGCAGGCCAUGUCUUUAGGCCUGAUCUUACUAUCCCUGCACACGACGAGAUUGUCGGUGGGCAGCCUGGGGCAAUGGCCAGAGCGCUUCGCGGGCUGCACGCCCUAUGUCACAUACCCUCUCCUCCAACCCACCUGGAGGGUAUCGACGAAUCCUAG